AUGUCCUCCGUUUUUGACCUGAAGUUCCUGAACAAUACACUGGGUGCUGGACUUAUUGGCUAUAGCAUUUCUUGUGUUAUAUUCGGUAUCUUCACAACACAGACUAUUAGUUUCUAUCAUAAAUAUAGGUCAGAUCCUUUGAAACUGAAAAUCCUAGUCGGAGUGGUCUGGUGCAUAGAAUUCAUUCAUCAAACACUGGUUGCACAUACUGUAUAUCAUUACCUUGUUUUGUGUUUUGGUUCACCAAUAAUUAUUAUCUUAACGGAACCUUUGGUGUGGUCAUUUGUGACUCUGAUCAUGGUUAGUACUGUCUCAGGAAGCAUUGUCAAAUUCUGCUCUAUCAUACGGAUUUGGAGAUUUAGUAAUCAUAAUAUAAUGGUUACCGCUGCUCUUUCAAUGGUAGUAUUUGCUCAAAUAGUCUUUGAGGUUAGAGUAUUGCAACUGCAGAAUGCUCUUGGUCUGGCGAGUAUCAAGGAUGUGGCAUCAGGAGCACUGGCUACAGGUGCAUUAGGGGACAUUCUGCUUGCAUUGGCAAUGUGCUACUAUCUUCGAAAAUGGCGAACAGGAUAUCAAGAGCCGGAUUCACUACUUAAUCGCCUGGUUCAUUAUGCAUUGAAUACAGGUGUUAUGACUAGCACUAUGAGUGUCCUGACACUGAUCCUGUAUGAUACAUCUACAUCAAAUUUCCAAUAUAUGGGGGUGUAUUUGGUGCUUUCUAAGAGUGAAGUAGGGGAUGAAUUUACACAAACAAAUGAUGGUUUGGGCUCUCUCACCACCAUACCGGAGCUGGCGAGGAAUGUGAAUGUGAAUCCUGUCGAGACCAAUAAUGACAUUAGCAUUGGUGCAAUUGGAGUUGAGAUUCCAGCCCCUCCCUCCUUCGAAGAGAAGAUUCGAACCAACUAG